AAGUUAUUGGGUGGACGAAUAUUUAAGUUAAUUAUACCGACUAAGAAAAAUAAACAGUAAACUCAACUGGCUAUUGCGUAAAAUUCCAGUAAAUGAAGAAUUAAUAAAAUCAAAAUAUGGGCUGGGCACCGACCCGAAUGCCAAAGACUUCGGGAGGAGCCCAAAUAUAAUGCACGUGAGCAUCACGUGAGAAGGCAAGGACCGAUCUUCUCGUUAACUCGCCCUAAAAAAUCGGCUGGGCGAUUACAGCAAAUUCAUCGCCGUGGUCUUUCAUUUCCUCGGAUCGCCAUCACCGACUUUUCUUACACCACCGUCAAACACCGUCAACAACCAAAAUAACCACCAGGGGAAAAACCUCUUUUGCUUAGUCUAAUAGUUAUGGUUAGAGGAAGAGAUGCCUGUUGGGAACACUGUCUCCUUGUUGAUGCUACAAGACAGAAGGUAAGAUGUAACUACUGUCGGCGGGAGUUCAGUGGAGGAGUUUACAGAAUGAAGUUUCAUUUGGCUCAAAUUAAAAACAAAGACAUAAUUCCAUGUGCUGAGGUCCCGAAUGAGGUGAGAGACCACAUUAGAAGCAUUUUAAACACUCCGAAGAAACAGAAAAAUCCUAAGAAACCAAAGCUGGAUCAAGCUGCCAAUUAUCAGCAAAGAAGCUCUUCAGCUAGUGGUGGAGUCCAUCCUCUUCGUGGAUUUAGUGGAGAGAAUGGUAGCCCUUGUCCUUCUAUUAUGUUUGCGCGCCAUUCUCCGAGUUCACAGCCAGCAAUUGAUGAUGUUCAAAAGCAAAAACAGGACAAUGCUGAUAAGAAGAUUGCUGCGUUUUUCUACCACAAUGCAAUACCUUUUACAGCUGCAAAGUCCUUGUACUAUCAGGAAAUGGUGGACGCGAUUCUUGAGUGCGAAGUAGGGUAUAAAGCUCCAUGUGCUGAAAAUUUGGGCGGUCAUCUUUUGGAAAAAGUCAAAGUCGAUAUUAACGACAGUUACAAGAGAUUAAAGGAUGAAUGGAAAGAAACGGGCUGUACAAUCCUGUGUGAUUGCUGGUCCGAUGGAAAGGCUAAAUCCCUUGUGGUACUUUCUGUGGCAUGUGCCAAAGGGACAUUGUUCCUUAGGUCUGUAGACGUAUCUGAUCACGCAGAUGAUCCUCAUUAUUUAUUUGGGUUGCUUGAAUCAGUUGUUCUGGAAAUUGGCAUGAAAAAUGUUGUCCAAGUUAUUACUGAUAGUUCUGCUAGUUACGUAUAUGCGGGAAGGCUUCUGACAGACAAGUACCCUUCGGUUUUCUGGUCUCCGUGCGCUUCACAUUGUAUCAAUAAAAUGUUGGAGGAUUUUAGCAAACGUGAGUGGGUGAAUGUUGUUCUUGACGAGGCAAAUACUAUCACAAAGUACAUAUAUGGUAAUGACUGGAUUCUAGAUAUGAUGAGAAAAUUUUCAGGUGGAGAGGAGUUCGUUCGACCAAGAAUCACAAAACAUGUGGCUAAUUUCCUUUCCUUAAGGGCCCUUGUGACCCAAGAGGAUAAUUUAAAACACAUGUUUUCUCGUGCCGAGUGGUUGUCAUCUAUAUAUAGUAGGCACCCCGACGUCCAGGCCAUAAAGUCAUUGUUGUGCCUUGAAAGAUUCUGGAGAUCUGCACGUGAAGCUGUCACGGUGUCCGAACCAUUACUUAAACUGUUAAGGAUCAUGGAUGGAGACAUGCCUGCUAUGGCAUAUAUGUAUGACGGAGUGGAAAGAGCAAAGAUGUCCAUCAAAGCAUUCUAUAAGGAUAUUGAGGAAAACUAUGCGCCGGUUUGGGAUAUAAUUGACAGGAGAUGGAGCAUGCUUCUUCAAUCCCCAUUACAUGCAGCAGCAGCAUUCCUUAAUCCUUCCAUUUUCUACAACCCAAGCUUUAAGAUUGAUUCAAGGAUCAGGAACGGUUUUCAAGAGGCCAUGAUGAAAAUGGCUUCCGAGGAUAAAAAUAAUAUAGAAAUUACUAAAGAACAUCCCAUAUACAUAAAUGCUCAAGGUGCUCUAGGGACUGAUUUUGCAAUAAAGGGAAGGACACUGAAUGCCCCAGCUGAUUGGUGGAUGUGUUAUGGUUACGAAAUUCCAAGUCUACAGAGAGCUGCUAUACGGAUUUUGAGUCAACCUUGCAGUCUGCACUGGUGUAGAUGGAACUGGAGCACUUUUGAUAGCGUUCAUAGCAAAAGACGGGACAGGUUGGAGCUUGAUAGAUUUGACGAUCUUGUUUAUGUGCACUGCAAUCUCUGGUUACAGGCAAUUGUAAGAAGUAAAGAUGGCAAAUGUAAACCAAUCAAUUUUGACGAAAUAGAUGUCGGCGCUGAAUGGCCUACUGAAGCUGAAGUUGCAUGCACUUUCUUGGAUGAUUCCUGGUUGCACACUCCACCCAUUGAAGUCAGAGGAAUGGAGCCAGAAAGUUUGUUAACAUAAAGGAAUGGAGCCAGAAAGUCUAUUAACAUGGAGAAACAGAAAUUGCAAUUUUCUUAAAUUGCCAAAUGAAGCAGGAAUUGGACCGGUAAGUUGAUUACGGGAUAAUUCAAGAUCCAUGAGGUUUUC